AUAGUCAUGAAAAUAUGGAACUCAUCGAAAAGAAAGGAUCAACAAACACAUCUGACCCAUCCAGAGUAAGGCCAGGAAUUAGAGUACUUGAAAAGGAUAGAAAAAGAGAUGCAACAGGAACAGAUGGCAAAAAUGUAAUAGGAAGGCUAGAUUCCGAGGCCUUUAAAAGAAGGAGUAGGUACCUCCGAGAAAUAUACCUUAAUCCAGAGAAAAGGCAUCUGUACGACUGGACCAACUUAGAAAAAAAAAUAUUAUUACUCGAUUGGCAUCACAACCCAUCAUUCUAUGAAAAAUGGAAGCCCUUGGAAACGGAAGAUAUGAUGAACAGGUUCUACUCGAACAUGAUAUAUAACUUCAUGAACUUGUCCAUGACCAAUGUAGGAACAACGCCAGUGUACGUAAGAUUAUUAAACCACUUUCAAACUUUCAGAGUCACGUACCAGUGUUUGGCAAUGAUACAAAGAUAUUUCAGGUCGGAUUCCACAUUCUACGAUGAAUUUAAAAUAGCAUGGAUAUGUAGAGACUCCGAAUUAAAAAUUAGUUCAUCAGAUUCAGGAGGAGUCAGCUAUAAACAGACAAGCACAGAUGAAUACCAGUGCAUAGUUGAGGGAGUCAAUUUCAAUAUUUUCACCAUCACGACAGACGAGUUCGAAAAGUUCGGACCCUGCCAAGAAUGCCUGAGACAUAAAGUUGUUGAAAAAACUACUCUGAGGACACCAAAGAUCGUAUUUCCACUCCCAGUCACAGCAAUGGAAGUGACAACCACUCUAAUUGACAACGUUCACACCUACCUACUCGUGGUCAGAAUGGCAAACCUUGUAAGAAUGUAUGACAUAACUAAAAUGAUACAAAAAACACUGGAAAUUUGUAAACUAUGGGAUGAAGCGAGACAAAUAUACCUAAAGAGAUAUAAGGAAGCUAGAAAGAAAUUAGUAGAUAGACUAUGUACAGGAUGUAUAUUAACUAAUGAGGAUUUCCAAAGACUAGAUAAGCAGAAACAGCUGUUGAGGCCAGUAACAUUGGUUAAACCACAUGACUUUAAGGGAUUGGACUUCGGAGAAUCAACUGUUAAAACCAUGUCAACGAAAAGAAACACUUCACAAACUGGGCUAAAGUUCUUUUACACGUCGUUUCUAAAAGAAAAGAGAGUGCUUCCCACAUAUCUGGGAUGUGUGGGAGUAAAAAGAGCGUGUGUAUGGGAAAUGUAUGAAGUAAAGGAAGCACUAAAUGACCCACUCAUAACAAUGGAACUUGAAGAUGAAGCUAUUCCGACAGAUUUGUCUGCAUCACUGUCAGUGGUUAAGAGUUCAGAUGACUUUAGAGAAAAGAAAUGGGUAGUUGAACCCAAGAUAUACUCAACCGACGACAAGGGAUAUUUGAGGCUGUGGAAUCUAUCGAAAGGUCUCGAAUGCUCGCUAAAACUGGAUUCAAAUGCACUACUGACGCUAGACGUUAAUAAAAAGUACCCGCACCUAAUUGCACUGGGAGGAGAUACAGGGAAACUUAAGAUCUACAACCUCCACAUACAGUCAAUGGCAUCAUCAGACCAAUCUAACCUGGAGCUGGGGCUCCUAACAGUAUCAAGUUACAUCCCAAACACAGUGUACCAGUACAUGAACUGGUACCACCCAUUGGUGAAGGUUAAGUGGGUAAAUGACGUGUUUGUAGCAGCACAAUACUCAGAGCCGUUUUUCAAUAAGGAGUCAACAAACUCAGCUACGCUGGCUAUUUGGAAUGUAUAUAAGGAUAUAUUUGAUAAGGAAGAUGCUUUUCUGUCCAAUAAAUAUUGGUCACAGUCAAUGGAGUCAGUAAACAGUACAUAUCACCUUGGGUCAAAGUUAAUAUGUAUUUACGGAGGACAUUUUGGAUCUCUUGGAGGUAUACUAUCGUCGGAUGUAAAUUGGUCUGAAGACCAUGGAAUAAUCGCAGUAUCAUCGGAUAAUACUGGUCAGCUUCACUGGUACAAGCCAGGGAUUUGGAACUGGGCAAACUCUGAUGACCCAAUGUGUUUGGCAAGGAUAAAAUCAAACGUGGCAUUCCAUCAAGAUAUUUUGGACAAAGUAAACAAAGAACAUAGUGUGAUAAUAAGGGAAGUAUCUGGUAUAAGUCACGGAACAAGUAAUUAUAGAAAAACAAGGUCAAAUUACACACAGUACUUAAAUGAAGCAAUGGCGACUCUGGAACAGUUAGGUCAGAAAAUACCUCUUCUGAACGAUUUUAAAAGCUUGCCAAGUUGGGCAAAAAAGACUCUCAGACUAACCACAGACGAAGAAAAAUAUAUGAAGAUGAUAAAGAAGGAGGCUGAUGAGAGAGAAAAAUUGGAGCACUAUGUUAUAGAAUAUCCAGUACAAAGGUCACAAUUAAAUGAAAUAGAUUUGAAAUAAAUUAUUAAC